AUUCAUCUUGAAUUGACUUUUGAUAGAACCAACUGCAGCAGCAAUUUGUACGGAAUAACAUUUCGUCACGGUCGCGUCGAUAACGUGCCACUGUUAUGUAAUUUUAUCAUGAUAUAUUCUUGUUCAAUGUUCUUGCAACACGACACAACCAGAAUUAUAGAUUCAUGAAAUAUAUAAUAUUAACAAGUAACAAACAGCACGAUACAAUAAGCAAUGGCAAGUGAAUUUUGGAAUGUUCUGGUGACGGGAGGUGCUGGUUAUAUUGGUUCUCAUACAGUCUUGGAAUUACUGCAAGCAGACAUUCAGGUGGUGGUAAUAGACAACCUAAGCAAUGCACAUAAAGAUUCAAAUUCUGAGAAACCAGAAUGCCUUCUUAGGAUAGAAAAAUUAACAAACAAAAAUAUCACAUUUAUUAAUUGCGAUAUUACAAAUAUUAAUGACUUGAGAAGUGUAUUUCAGAAGAUUACAUUACAGUAUACAUUCCAUUGUGUUAUACAUCUUGCUGCAUUGAAGGCAGUUGGAGAAUCAUGCCAGAAACCACUCGAAUAUUACAAAGUCAAUGUCGCUGGAACUGUAAAUUUACUGGAAAUUAUGUUGGAAAACAAUGUGAAACGUUUCAUUUAUUCUAGCAGUGCCACAGUUUAUGGUGUACCUGAAAAACUUCCUCUAAUAGAAAAUAUGAAGACUGGCAAUUGCACAAAUCCUUAUGGAAAAACAAAAUUUAUGGUUGAAGAAAUAUUAAAGGAUUUGUGCAUAUCAGAUAAGGAAUUUUCGGUUAUAUCGUUGAGAUAUUUUAAUCCUGUUGGUGCUCAUCCUUCAGGUCAGAUUGGUGAAAAUCCUAAUGGUGUUCCAAAUAAUUUAAUGCCUUACAUUGCGCAGGUUUCUGUUGGAAAGAGAGAUGUGUUAUAUGUUUAUGGUGAUGACUAUGACACACCUGAUGGCACAGGUGUGCGUGAUUACAUCCAUAUUAUGGACUUGGCAGUAGGACAUGUAAAAGCAAUGAUUUAUCAAAAGACUGAUAAUCCAACUGGAUUUAAGCCAAUAAAUCUUGGUACCGGUAAAGGUUAUUCCGUGCUUGAAGUUAUACAUGCAUUUGAGAAAGCGUCCGGAAAAAAUAUACCAUAUAAAAUAGUCGAACGUAGACCUGGUGACAUAUCUGUUAGUUACGCGGAUGCUAGUAUCGCCAAAAAGGAACUUGGUUGGGUUGCCACAAAAAAUAUGGAUGUUAUGUGUGUAGACACUUGGAAAUGGCAACAAAAUAAUCCAAACGGUUAUAAACACUGAUAAAUAUCUAUCGUAUUUAAGUGACUAUGAAAAGUUGAGAAAUGUUAUAUUUUAUCUUUCAUAUCAUCAGAUAGAUAAUGAAACCAUGGUGGUAUAUAGUUACCAAAGUUUAGACCAAAGCAUAAAAAAAGAAUAGUUAUUUAUUUUCUGUUGCAUUAAGUGAUUCUAAUAUGAAUUUAUCGAAUAUUUUAACAUUUAUAUAUGUUGAAGUUAAAUUUUAUAAUCACAAUGUGCUGUACUAUCUUAAAUUUGAAUAUCGUAUAACAUAUGAAAAAUAUAAUACAGCAAAAACUUUCCAUAAAAGUGCAAAAAAUAAUACUUUUAUACAGAAUGUCCCAUAACUCAGUAUGAAAAAUUUAUGGAAACAGAACGGUUUAAGGCAAACAUAAAAGUCUCAUACGGUAAUAUUCGUAAAAGAUAUCGACAGAUUCAGAUAGACAGACAUUCAUUGUAUAUUGUAAGCAGCAUAACAUUUGUAAUAUGCUUGCUGUAAAAAAUACGUAUUUAUUAUUCCAUAUUUUGCAACAAAAUAGUUUGUUAGCAACAAAAAUCAGUUUGUAUUGCUGAUUAAUUGCGUCUUCUUGCCGAUGCAAUUGUAGUAUGUGCCACAAUUUUCAUGGCAUCAGAUUGCUUCUUUUAUGCUGCUUUUAUAUGCUUUUAUAUGCUGCUACAAUGUUUCUUGUAUGAAGACGUAUCUUUAUGUAUUUAUGCUACUAUUUUAAUUCUCGAAUUCAGACUCUAUACAAACAAUCUGUCGAAAUUUGUCUACCUGGAGAGUUAGUAAUGACAGAAAUCUGAUGAGUGAGCGCGCGUUGAGAUGGAUAAUUGAAGAAGCGUUGCAGCUACUUGAGCCACAGCGCGGCUCAGUCAAUCCAGCAACUGUUGGCGGUGUGCCGUGAGACAUAGGAGCGAUAAGAUAAAGCAUGAAUAGCGGUGCGUUGUCCUUUCCCUCGUCGCACACCGGUAAUAGUUGCUAGAUCGACUAGGCCGCGCUGUGAUUCGAGAGGUUGCAACGCUUUUCUACUCAAAUUUCUAUCAUUAAUCACUCAAUAAUUAUUGCGAAUAUCGCAAAACGGUAUUGGACUUUUAUGUUUGUCUUAAUCUGCUCUAUGUCUUCAUAAAUGUACUAACUCAUAUACUCAUACUAACAAGGAGAUGGCAAGACAUGUAAAAUCGAUAAUUAAAUGAGUCAUAUUUCAUUCGAAUAGGGGGAUUGAGUACAUAAAACUCCUAAAAGGGUUUGCGUACAUGGGCCUUCGUUUGUAAGAAAUUUGAAAUUAAAAAAAUAGCUACAUGCUAAGUGUAGUAACUGGGAAUCAAUAAGCGUGAAGCGCGAUAGCUGCGGAAGCUAAGGCGCGCGCUAGUAUUUUGUCGUCUAUGUCCGAGGAGUGUUCGAGUCCUUGCAGUGCCAACUUUUUUUUGUAUAUUAUGUUUACAAAAACCAGGUGACAUAUUUGGAGUACGCGUUCAAGAAGUUGACAAACUUUUAAAAUUAUGCAAAAAUAUGAUUGUUGUUUGCUCAAAAUUAGGAAAACUGACUUCAUAUUUAUAUGAACAAUAUUUGAAAACAAUUAUAAAACCUUAUGUAAGCAACAACCCAUUUUUUAUGAUCAUCGAUUCUUGGGGAGGUCUGAAAAACGUACAUAUGUAUAAUGAAAAUUUUAUUGAUUAAAACAAUAAACCAACAAUAAGUGAACGCGAUAUAUUUUCAAAUGUUAAUCAGUUAUGUUUCCCUUCAAAUAUAAUGUAAAAUGUUUUUGCAAAACAAUUCUUUUAUAAAAUGUUCGUGGUGUGCUACUUGUUUAUGUUUUACAUACUUUUAUGUGAAUUGUCAUCCACAAUAUUGUACGGCAAUAUCUGAAUUUUAUAAUAAAU